GUGGGAAAUUAACUCAAGUGGGCAAUGUUUUCAAAAGACUUUGGUCCAGGCACCUCAUCAAAGAACGAUGGUCAGAACACAGGAACAAUGACAGAAAAGCAAAGUGGGAUUGAAAGCAGAACUUCAAUAGAAUGUGAAGCCGCUGAAGAGGUACGGGAACAAUGUCAGUCCCGAGAAAGAGGAAUAGGAGACGUGGUUCACGCCCCUGGAACUGAAUCAAGUGACGAAAUCCAUCAUGACCGAGAUUCAUCAAACAAGGAAUCAUCGAGUCCCAUCCAAGGAGCAGGUGGGAAAUUAACUCAAGUGGCCAAUGUUUUCAAAAGACUUUGGCCAGGCACCUCAUCAAAGAACGAUGGUCAGAACACAGGAACAAUGACAGAAAAGCAAAGUGGGAUUGAAAGCAGAACUUCAAUGGAAUGUGAAGCUGCUGAAGAGGAACGGGAACAAUGUCAGUCCCGAGAAAGAGGAAUAGGAGACGUGGUUCACGCCCCUGGAACUGAAUCAAGUGACGAAAUCCAUCAUGACCGAGAUUCAUCAAACAAGGAUUCAUCGAGUCCCAUCCAAGGAGCAGAUCUAACGCCUACAUUCUCUGAGCUCCUGACACAGUGGAGCGAGUACCAAUUGUUCCAGCUGACAAAAUUCUAUCGGGAGAGACUGAAACAGGCGAUUGAAGAAAGGGUUGAAAGCCUCGGCUUCAUGAUGAGAUGGCAGGAAUGUUUCAGUGAACAAGAACACGGGAGCGUCGCUGAACUGGUGGUAAAGGGAAACCGCAGAGACAGUUCCAUACUCUUCCUCAGUCUGGUGAUGGAGAAGGGUAACCGUGCCCGGCGGGUGAUGUGGGAAUCCUUUGUGAAAAUGCAGAAUGAAUUACCAAAGCUGAACAAAAUACUGAAAGAAAUCCAGGAGCUUGGUACGGUAAAUCAACACACUGAACUGAAUAUCACAUUGAAACACUGGAGUUAACAAUGUUAUUCAAGUCUGGUUUAAUGAAUGCUCGUUGAUUUGAACAGGUCCUGAUCCACAAGAAUACAUGAACAUCAUCGGAGGUUUAACUGAAUUACCCUCUCAUAUGGAAGAUGUUCAACAGAAACACAAGGAGACUCUGAAGGCACAGACUGAAACACUGAGUGUGAACACCAUCCUGAUGAACGAGAAGGUUAAGGAUUUCCUGCUGCGUGAUCGAUACGCUGAGCUCACAAUCAUCUCCACUGUUCGAGAUCGGACACUGGUGGAACAUGAGCUGCUGGCAAGAGGCCGGGACCAUGAAGAGUGGAGAGAGGAAUGUCUCCGGGGAGAACUGGAAAAAAUCAGGACUGAUCAAUUGUUCCACAGCUGCUUUACCCGGAGUAAAUCCGGAUCUGGGAGUUCAGCAACAGUGGCCGGAGUCGCGGGGAGUUCAGCAACGGUAGCCGGAGUCGC